CUCUCCUUCAACACAUUCAUUAUGAAGUUGUUAGUAAUACUUCUAUUUUCUGGACUUAUAACUGGUUAUAGAGGUGACUCUUCCCAUAACCUGCCACCCAAGUUACUACUGGUAUCCUUUGAUGGUUUCAGAGCUGACUAUCUACAGAACUAUGAAUUUCCUCAUCUCCAGAAUUUUAUCAAAGAAGGAGUCCUGGUAGAGCAUGUUAAAAAUGUCUUUAUCACAAAAACAUUUCCAAACCACUACAGUAUUGUGACAGGCUUGUAUGAAGAAAGCCAUGGCAUCGUGGCUAAUUCCAUGUAUGAUGUAAUCACAAAGAAACAUUUUUCUGACUUUGAUGACAAGGAUCCUUUUUGGUGGAAUGAGGCAGUACCUAUUUGGGUGACCAAUCAGCUUCAGGAAAACAGAUCAAGUGCCGCUGCUAUGUGGCCUGGAACAGACGUACCCAUUCACAAUACCACACCUUCCUAUUUUAUGAAUUACAGCUCUUCAGUGUCAUUUGAGGAGAGACUAAAUAAUAUUACCAUGUGGCUGAUGAAUUCGAACCCACCAGUUACCUUUGCAACACUCUAUUGGGAAGAACCAGAUGCAGGUGGCCACAAAUAUGGACCCGAAGAUAAAGAAAACAUGUACAGAGUGUUGAAAGAAGUAGAUGACCUUAUUGGUGAGCUAGUCCACAAACUCAAGGUGCUAGGACUGUGGGAGAAUCUCAAUGUGAUCAUUACAAGUGAUCAUGGGAUGACCCAGUGCUCUAAGGACAAACUGAUAAACUUGGAUCUCUGCAUUGAUCAUUCAAGCUACACUCUUAUAGAUUUGACUCCAGUUGCUGCUAUACUUCCCAAAAUAAAUACAACAGAGGUUUAUCACAAACUGAAAGUCUGUAACCCUCACAUGAAUGUUUAUCUCAAAGAAGACAUUCCUGCCAGAUUUCAUUACCAACAUAAUGAUCGAAUUCAGCCUAUUAUUUUGGUUGCUGAUGAAGGCUGGACAAUUGUGUUAAAUAAAUCAUUACCAAAAUUAGGUGACCAUGGUUAUGAUAAUUCUUUGUCUAGUAUGCAUCCGUUUCUAGCUGCCCACGGUCCAGCAUUCCACAAAGGCUACAAACACAGCACAAUUAACAGUGUGGAUAUUUAUCCAAUGAUGUGCCACAUCCUGGGAUUAAAACCACAUCCCAAUAAUGGAACCUUUGGUCAUACUAAGUGUUUGUUAGUUGACCAGUGGUGCAUUAAUCUCCCGGAAGCCAUUGGAAUUGUUAUCGGUGCGCUCUUGGUCUUAACCACGCUAACAUGCCUCAUUAUAAUCAUGCAGAAUAGACUCUCUGUACCCCGUCCAUUUUCCCGACUUCAGCUGCAAGAAGACGAUGAUGAUCCUUUAAUUGAGUAACAUGUGCUGGAGUUUAUAAAGUAUCUUUGAUUAGUCACAAUACCAAGGAUACACUCAAGAAAUGGUGUUCUAACGAUGAGAAAUAUACCUUGAAAGACAAAGAACUUAGACCAAGUAUGCUAGAAUUAUUAUGUUUUUCCUUGUGCUUUGUUUUGGUGCAUCAGCUAAUACAAAAAACCCUGACCAUAGUAAAAAUUGCUAGUAAGUCAUUAGUUAACACCAACUAUUUCUCUAACUGGAAACUUUUUUUAUGAAAAAUAUUGCC